GCAAUCCUGGAAGGUAGUGGAACUGGUGGAUGGGCCAUCGUUCAGAAUAUUUAUGUAACUUCAUUUUUUUGACAAAGCUGCGAAAGACAGCUCGCCGCUGUCAAUGGAUUGGAUAAGAUUAUGAAUAAAUGAUGCUUUUCCGCGAGCUGAUUAGCUAGGACCCCGAAGAUGGGCUCCGGUCAGAGUGCUCGCAAGUUGACCAUUUCGAAUGAAGAAGAAGUCGGGGUGAUCAAGGUGUCCAACGCGAUUGUGCAGCGUCUCGCGCAACGGGACGGUUCAGAGAUCGGCGAACCCUCUACAAAAGCCGACUCGCCGAGCCAGCACCCAGCACCUCCUAGUCCUCCCGCUACUGAUGCGACACCCGGACAGCCGGUGCAUUAUCCUGAAUUAACAAUGUCCGCACUUCAAAUGCAACAACACAUGGAACAAGAAUUGAAGAAGCAAGAUCAAUACUGGCACAAGCGAUUACAGAACUUAGAGGAGGGUUACCAGAAAAUUAAUCGUAUCUUGGAGGACGAGCAUAAGAAAGCUAUUACUGAAACGUCUACAACUAAGACUGGGCAAGAAAGUGUCGAUGUCCAGAGUACAGUACAACCAUGUCUGGAAGGUAGUAAUAAAGUCAUAAAGUGUUUCCAGGACCAUCCCAAGGAGACUCUCAAAUGUUCAAACUUAGUAGAAGAAUUUUCAAAUUGUCUGAAUGUGCACUAUACACGUGUGAUUGAAGCGCGUUCGUAAUAUGUAUCUACUUAUGCGCUUCUUAGAUUACAGCAAGGAUUCAAAGGACAUUUAGUCAACAAAUAAUAAAUUGUAUGAUAAGAUAUAAUGCCUCUGAAGUGCUUAUUCUAAUUUCACAAUUAGCAGAACAUUGCUGAUGGAAAGUAGUAUAAAGCAAAAAACACAUGGAGAAAAAUGUAAAAAAUAAAUAUGAAAAAUAUAUAUUACAAUUUAUAAUAAAGUGAAAAAUAUUACGUAUACAAGA